GGCGGGCUGUAUAGGAAGUCAUGUGAUCCCGUGAAAGUUUGCUGGAGUCUCGCAGUUCCAGUGUAAUGUAUUCUUGUCUAUUUGGUAAAUUAUGGAGUUGAGUUUCGUUGGUUAUCGAGCCCUGGUUACAGGAGCUGGCAAAGGUAUUGGACGGGAGACUGUGAAGGCCCUUGUAAGAUGUGGAGCUGAAGUGCUUGCUGUGAGCAGAACACAGGAAGAUCUGGAGAGCCUUUCUCAUGAGUGCCCUGGCAUACAGACAGUCUGUGUGGAUUUGGCUAACUGGGAUGCUACAGCUGCAGCUCUGAAAGACAUUGGUCCAGUCAAUCUGCUUGUCAACAAUGCCGGUGUCGGUGUGCUUCAGUCAUUCUUGGAUAUCACCCCAGAUGCCUUUGACAGGUUAUUUGAUGUGAAUGUGAAGGCGGUGGUGCAGGUGUCACAGAUUGUUGUUAGACAAAUGCAGGCUCGUGGCUCCAGUGGUUCUAUUGUGAAUGUAUCCAGCCAGGCAUCCCAGUGUGCUCUGAGGGACCAUGCUGUGUACUGUGCUACGAAAGCAGCUGUGGACCAACUGACAAAGGUGAUGGCCCUGGAGCUGGGACCAUACAAGAUUCGUGUGAAUGCUGUGAAUCCCACUGUGGUAAUGACUGACCUUGGGAAGAAAGUAUGGAGUGAUUCCGAACGAGCAGGAGUUAUGAUGUCUCGUAUCCCACUGGGAAGAUUUGCAGAAAUAGAAGAUGUUGUGAAUGCAAUUCUCUUCCUGCUGAGUGAUAAAAGUGGCAUGAUCACUGGGACAACACUGCCUGUGGAUGGUGGAUUCCUUGCUUGCUGACAAAGUGAUUGCUGUGAUAACUGCAUACUGUUAUGACACUUCUUAACUCUGUGUUGAUCUACAAAGUUUUCAUUAUACUGAAGCCUGUUACCAUGAAAUCUGGUAGUAAAAAAGGGGAAAGCAUAAA